GACGGAGUCUCCGGGACCAUCGCCACCCUCAAUGAGCUGCACGGGGGAUCAAACCACCCGAGCGGCUCCAAUUUGCAGCCCAGCGCGGCGCAGUUGGCGUGCCUGGAGCGGAUCGAGCAGGCGCAUCGCGACCUCGGUACGCCCCCGGCCGACUUGCAUGGACAGGGAGCCCUGGAGGAGCUCCUGUCGAAGCAGAGCUACGGCGGUUCCGCCGGAGCUGUUGCGCCCCUCGAGGUGGAGCGGGUGGCCUUGCCCAGUCUCCAGCGCCGACCUGCUCGCAUCCAGGAUGUUGGCGGCUCGGCGGGCGCGAAGGUUCUCGAGGUUCUCAAGAGUUUGGUUCGGACGUCCGAAGAGGGCGAAGCAGAGGAGGAGCGACAGCAGCUGCGGCGCGCCUACAACGACCCGCUGAUCAGACAGAAGCCGAAGGAGUAUGCUAAGCUCCUGCGGAUGCUGCACGAGCGGGGCAUCGUCGAAUAUCGGCGCAGCUGCAAAAAGAGUGUGGGCACAUUUUGUGUCUGGAAGAAGGGGGGCGAGCAGCGUCUUAUACUGGAUUGCCGCGUGAGCAAUUGCUGGUUUAAGGACGCCCCUGGAGUGAGCUUGGCUACUGGAGACAGCUUUGGUCGGCUAGAGUUCGAGGGGAACGAGCCGGUGCACGUCUCGGGAGUCGACAUCGAGGUCGCCUUCUACUCCAUCGGCCUCCCCGAGGAGCUGCGGGAGUACUUCGGGAUGGAGCCUGUCUGCGCUGGCGCCGUCGGCGUGGGCUGGCUUGGCGGAGUGCGGCUGCGUCCUGGGGAGAAGCUGGCGCCCGUGCUGAGUGCGCUACCCAUGGGCUUCAAGGGCGCUCUGUGCGUCUGCCACGCCCUCCACGAGGCCGUGGCCGAGGGGGUCGCGGGCGUUGAGGGGGGCAACCGGCUGGUGGACGGGAGGCCAGCGCCUUCCGUUGCCCGAGGGCCGGUGCACACCGAGUACGUGGACAAUUUCGUGGCGCUGGGCACCGACGGCGAGGAGGGGCGCCGCAUGGCCACCGAGGUCGGCGAGGCGCUGAAGGCCGACGGGCUUGGCGUGCACCCGGUGACCUGCAGCCGCGGGGGGGACGCGCUCGGCUGGCACUUCGAUGAGUGGCGGCCGGCCGUAGGCGUCGCCCCUCGCACCGCCUGGCGCCUCAUCCUUGGUUUGCGAGAGUUACUGCGACGGGGUCGUGCGAGCGGCGCCCAGUUGAGAAGCAUCGUUGGUCACAUCACGUUCCGCGUCUUGCUCCGACGACCCAUCCUUUCUGUACUUCACACUGUCUACGCUUUUAUCGAUCGUCAUCCUGUUCGGGUUGCGCCUCUCUGGGACACAGUAAAGCAGGAGCUGGAGUGGAUAAGUCGCCUGGUGCCCCUGGCCUCGAGAGAGCUCAACAUGGAGUGGAGCCCCAAGGUCACCGUGUUCGACGCGAGCGAGUGGGGGUACGGGGUGAUGGGGCGGCGAUGCGAGCUCGGAGCGAUCAAGUAUGCUGGGCAGUAUUCUGAUAGGAGGGAGUCUGGGGACAAGAGCAAGGUGAUCUUCGAGGGGUGCCUGCGGCAGUGGGCUGCCCUGUGCCUGGCCAGCUUUGCCGUCGUUCACGUUCGCUGGAUCUGCUCCGAGCGGAACGCGGCGGACGGCGCCUCGCGGGGCUCUGAGGAGCGCAGCGCCGCGGCUGCCCGGCAUGCUGAGCCGCGGGCCGACGGAUCGACGGCUCGAGAGCGCCUCGCUCGCCACGACCUCAGCGGCUUCGAGUUCGUGGGUCCCGUCACCGGCGGCUUCAUCGGCUGCGAGGGGGCCGCUGGCGCGAGCUCGGCCGCGCACCAGCUCGCGGGCGCCAGCCGCGAGGUUGCCGCCGACGGCAGGCGGCGGGCGCUGCUGGGGCCCGGGCCGACGCAGCUGGAGCGGGGGGUGCCCCCAGGGGCGCGCGCGCUGACGGUGCUGGAGGACGAGGCAGCGGGGCCCUCGACGCAGAAGGACUACCGCCACCGCUUCGGCUGUUUCACGCGCUGGGCCUCGGAGAAGGGUCUCAGCUGGGAGACUCCAGCCAAGGCCGACGCGGCGCUGCUGGAGUGGCUGAACGAGCAGUUCUUCGAGGGCGAGCUCCUGGCGACCGGCGCGAAGAUGCUGGCGGCGCUGGGCCACCUGCUCCCGGGGGCGCCCCGUGGGGCGCUGGAGCUGCGACGCUCGCGGCGGGCGCUCCAGGGCUGGAGGCGUCACAACCCGUCCAGCUCGCGCCUGCCGCUGCCGUGGCCUGCGGUUGCUGCCUUGGUGAAGGAGAUGCACGCGCAGGGGCAGCUGGCGGCCGCAGGGGCCACCCUUGUGGCGUUCGUGCUGCUGCUGAGGCCGGCGGAGACGCUGAGGUUGGCGGGCGGCUGCCUGGUGGCUCCGGUGCGAGGCGGAGGCCGCAGCCGCCGCAAGUGGUCAGCGGUGCUCCACCCCCAAGAGAGAGGAGUGACCUCGAAGGUGGGGGCGCAGGACGAGUGCAUGGUGUUCGACAACCCCGAGUUCGACCUGGUGCUGCCGCUGCUGGAGUGGCUGCUCAAGAGCGUGCCGUUCGGGAAGCCUCUCUUCCCGCUGAGCGCGGCCCAGUGGCAGGAGGCCCUGAGGGCGGCGGCCAGGCGGCGGUUUCCCAGCCUCGCCGCGCCCGCGCUAUACCAGCUCCGGCACGGCGGCGCGUCCCACGAGGCGCUCACGCAGUUCCGCAGCUCGGAGGACCUCAUGCGCAGAGGCAGGUGGCACAGCCAGCGCUCCGUGAAGCGGUACGAGAAAGGCCGAGCGCACCCUCGGCGCGUGCCUCUCGCGGACAUACCGCGGCUAGCCGGGGCCAAGGGCUUCGCGCUGGAGAUCUUCGCGGGCAGCGGGCGCCUCAGCCACUGUUGGAGGCAGCAGGCGCCCUGGGGCCUGCCCAUCUUCGAGAUCGACGUCGGCUUCCACAGCUCACACGAUCUCAGCCGCAGAGCAGCUCAGCGUCUCAUCCUGGGCUGGAUCCGCUCGGGGUGCUGUAAGGCGAUCUGGCUGGGAACGCCCUGCGCGACCUUCUCGCGGGCGCGGGACUCCGGGGCCGGGCCGCCUCGGCUGCGCUCGGAUGAGCAGCCGCUGGGCCUGGACGGGCUGUCGGAGGGCGACAGGGUGAAGGUGGAAGUGGCGAACGAGCUCUGCCGCUUCUCCGCCAAGGCCCUCCUGUGCUGCCUCGAGCGGGGCGCGCCGGCGGCGUUGGAGAACCCCGCGUCGUCCCGCCUGUGGCUGACGCCCUACAUGCAGGCCGCCGGCCAGCGGCCUGGGGUGAGAGAGACUGUGACAGAUUUCUGCAUGGAUG